UAAAUCUCACUUGCUACAUACUCGAUGCUCGAGUUACGAAAACCCUUUUGUAUCUAUUACUUUCCCCCGAACGAUAUUUUGAAAACACAUAGCUACGUAUACAGAGUGCUAAGAGGUUCGGUCAUUUGUAUCGGCGAUCGUAACUGUAUGCGUGCAAAGAGCUGCGUGCGUAACUGCGCCGACACGUGCACGUAGACCACUCUCAUUGUUAGACGACCGAACCAAGAGCUUUUCUGCGUAAGCUUACGCGUCUCGAUCCUCUCUUGUCUCGCGGCCUGAUAGUCGAUAAUUUGCGAAUAUUCGCAUGCAUCGAAUGCGCACGUACGGUGGCAUCUCGUUCUGGUUUUAUCGUAUACGCGAUGUACCACGUUUGCGGAUAAUACGUGAAUCAUACGGAAAUCAUUAGCAAAAAUAUGUAAUAAACAUAGAUGUACGUGUUUACAACACGAUGCAACUACUUACGCUUUACGCGUAACGAGCAACGACUCAGGUACUCGUUAUUGGACUCGUCCGUCUGUCUCUCGUACUACAUUUCCAUUACGUAACUCACGGACUACCGUAAGCUAUCAUACCGCAAUCAGUAGUGUACGCACAAGAUAAUCGAUAUCAAAAUACCAAGUGGAUAAAACUCAACGAACUGGACAAAAUAUGUCGACGAUUUCUUCGGGGUGUAGCCAGUUGUUGACCAGAAGAUGACGGCAUGCCUCGUUACGGCCGUCGUUCGCAGCUCUGUAAUAAUUACGAUACUUGUCGCUCGCUCAUGGCUAGUUAUUCGAGUAACACGACGCGACGUCUCUGCCGUUGUCCGUCGUUAUUGCGUGCAGCUUCUGUGGACAACAACUAUGGCUGUACCAGGAAACUCCGCACGUUCGAUAGUAAUUCACAGAGACGCAGACCGAUCUCGUUGCUCUCUAUAGCCUGAGUUUAUUGAAUGGCUGGUGAUCGAUCGGUGAGGGCGCGAAAACCUAGCUGUAUGAAACAUAUAUGUACGUAUGGAACACGUAUGAAAUGAAUAAACGCGAAUGUCCACGAUGUUUGAACGCAGCCUCGGGCAAGCGUAAUUCGCGAAACAAGGGCACAACGAAGCGUCGAACGUUCGUCGCGCAUCGCAAGAAGAACGACGCGACUGAAAGAUGGAGGCAAAGAGAUAGCGGAAUGGAGAAGAAAGCGUUCCGCGUGAGAGAGAUCCGAUAUAAGUGUGACAGUUGGAAAGUAGCGAUGGGAAUGAUGUCAUCGUACGAAUCACGAGAAAAGAUGAAUGCCCCGCCGCCGGUAUACGCAUCCUCCUGCCCUACGUUGCAGUCGAACCUGUCGCUGCACAGUUCCUCCUAUUACAGUGAAUACGGUGGAGCUGCGAGGAGGCGAUUAUCGUCGACGGGAGAGGCAGACACCUCAGCCACGUCUAGCUAUGAAGGUAGCGAUAGUUCUGAAAACAGCGAUGAAUCGCGUUUGGAGCCAGUGAGCCAGAUGGAGCGGGAACAACUCGAAACGUUUUUCAGGGGUUUGAAGUCUCAGGUGUUCGUUUGCGAGUCGUUGGCCAACUUGUAUCUGGGAAGCGCGUCGCAAACCGAAAGAUGGGAGCUUCGGUUUACCGGCAUACCCGUAGUAGUUUUGGAUCUUGGAGAAACCCGAUCGAGAUCCAAGAGGCGGAUUCAAAUUCUGUUGGCAGAACGUGGCACUUGUUUCACUCUUUGGAGGGAGACCAUCGACAAUUUGUCGUCGUACAAGGUAUCGGGCCCGGCUUUUCAUACGAUGUGUCUUUCGUCCGAUCACACGCGCCUCGCCGGACUCAGCUUCGAUAAUCCGAAAGCCGCGAACGACCUUUGGCAACACAUAGAAAGACUCGUUUCUUGUCCAGAGAACAUUAGUCUCUCGAUACCAGGGAAGAAAAAGAAGAAGCCCGCGCAGAAGAAAGUGGUUUUACCGGCCAAGAGUAAUAUCAGCCAACCCUGUCAAUUUCAGCAUGUGACGAGCGUCGACGCUGCCGACCGAUCCCGAUAUUUUUCCCUUCAAACUAUGGUGCCGCCUCUGAACGAGCUAGAAAAUUCUUUGGAAGCAAAUUUUUGAGAUAACGAGAAACCGGGCAAUCGUUCAGAUUCGUAAGAGUUGUUCAGAUUCUGUCGCGUUGCUCGUUCAUCUAUUGCGCCUAUGUUCUAGGGAUCUGUGUAUCCGAUAAGAUAAGAUUACCUGAAAAAUAUGGCAUAUACCCUUCGAGCUUUCGAGGACGAACAAAAUCAGACGAUGUGCCAGAUCUAUCGCCUUUCUACUGCGUUUUAUCUCGAUAUAUAAUAUCGCAGAAGAAGGAAGCGAAGGGAACGUAUCAAUUAAUCUUUGCUCUUCUUCCCUUUUUCUUCUUUUUUGGUCUUCCUUCUUUUCUUAAGACUAAAGAAAAAACAACAAAUCAGAAGAAGAAGAAGAAGAAUCGUUAUGAAUCUCGAUCGCUCGGAGAUGCCUGAGAAGCAAGAAAUUCUCGAAUCGAGAAAAAGAAAAAUCAAAACAAAUAGCUUAUUAUUCCUUCUGCUGUAAUCGUAACUGUCGAAGGUUUGUGUUCUUAAGAAUGUCGUUGAAUUCAACGAUUUUGCUCGAAGGAGCACAACCCAUGGUACAUACGACAUCUCGUCUUUGAAAUACUUGGUGCGAGUUUAAGAGUUUAUUUAAGAGUUCUUGUAAUAAUAUUCUCUUGGAAACAUUUGGCAUCCAUCAUUAACGUGCGAUGCCACGCUCAUUUCGAUCGUUGUCUUCACAUUUGCCGUUAAAGUUCGCUGUAGUUGUAUUGUCAGUGAGUUUUAUGCGGCACGACGAAUUAAAAUGUUAAUGUUAUAUACGAGUCGUUCUGAAAUUUAAAAAUUUCCCAUUUGAACAAAUUCGAAUGAAUUCAAUACAUGUACGUACUAUAUAUGUGUACUAUACGUAGUGUGGGUGGGAUAUGAAACACGAGUCGAGGGGAGCGAACAGAAAAUCGAAAGCAUUUUGCAGAUUUCAUGGAUUUUUAUUGCGUCGCGUCCUAACGGUUUCACGACAAAAUGCUUCCUUUUUUAAUAAUGCGUUCGAAUGCUCAGCCAAGAAAUUUUAUCACUCUUCCAACGUAAUGCGUUUCGAACUAACGAAUUCUGUCCGAAUAAUGACUGCGAUAAGACUGGUUUUAUCAUUCGUCCUAUAUUUAGAAGAACGCGUUAAACAUAGACACGAUGAUGAUAAUAGCGUUAACACGUAUCUUCGUUAUUUGACCUUGAUCGUUACCACUGACCGUUUUUCGACAUGGGACUUUCGCUGCUGGGUAGAGCUUAUUAACGUUAUUGGCAUCGAUUAAUAAUAGAGCGUGAAAAAAUUAUGGAAGAGAGAAGGAAAAAGAAAAGAGAAAGAUAGGAAAAAUGGGAAUGGAGAAGCGUGGUUAAACAGUGUGUUUUCUGUUCCAAAGACGCGUAGUGUCGUUGUUGUCAUCGUUAAAACGUAUCAUAUAAGGAAUAUCAAGAGAAUAAUUAAAUUGUUCGCGUUCAAGCAUACCGUUAAUCCAUUUAUCGGUGAGAAAUAACUAUGGAACGUGUUUGCCUGCUUCAAAUCACUAGGGAUUUUCGGUGAUGAUCUCUAAACGUUUGAUUGUAUGUACGAAAUAACUUCGAUAUCGACUAACGUAUUGAUUUCUUUGUCUACGACUGUGAUAUAAAUAUAUUUGUAUAGUUACAUUUACGUAAUAUGUAUCCGCAUUGGUUAAUCAUUUUGAUAUGUAAGUUUACGACCAUCGUUUCGCAUGUAAUAAUUAUGCUAAUAAAUAGUAAGUUUACGUAAUAGA